AAGAGUGGAGCAGCCAUGAAGCAGACGGUAUUGCAGUACAACCCCGACGGCUCUGUUCAUCAUUGGGAGUACGACUCUGCCAAUGCUCGAAAAGAGCUAUGUCGCUUCAUUGCAAGAGCGGAUCUACCACUCAAUAUCGGUUCUUCAUCAAGAAGUUCAGACUCUUCGUCACGAUCGUCUACGGGCACCGGAAUUCCAACAUCCGGAGGGGAGCUAAUUACCUUCAUCGACAGUGACGUUAUCAGCCACGAACAAGAAAACUUCAACAUACUGCAAUGGUGGCAUGAGCACAAGACGAAUUAUCCAGUCCUUUCACUGUUAGCGCGAGAUUUGUUAACGGUUCCUGUAUCUACAGUUUCUUCUGAGGCUGCCUUCAGUCUUACAGGAAGGAUAAUCGAAGAGAGAAGAACAAAUCUGUCAAGUGAGAUGGUUGAAAUACUCACCAUAGUAAAGGAUUGGGAACAAGCUGAAGCACGAAUGCAACACACUGCAGAAAAUACUGAGCUUGAAGAAUCAUUCCAAAAUUUGUAUCUAGAUGCUGAUGAGAACGUGUAAUUUUAAAUUUUCUGAGCUAGGUUGUACUCUUUUUUCCUUUGCUAGAAAGGUUUUUAAUGAGGCAACCUAUCAAUAAAGCUUAUUUUUAGAAUUAAUCAUGUGCCCCUAUUAUUUCUAAGUUUUUUUAUUCAUGUUUUUUGUUUAUUUUUU